AUGUUGGCUGUAAAGAACCUCCUGCGACUGGCGACUUUGGCCGCACUUGCAGGGUCUGCCAUAUCUCAAGAUGAGAUUGAAGACUGGCCUGUGCUCGACAAUGGCCUUACCGACAUUGUCCAAUGUUACUUUGUCAACGGCGAGCGACUCUUCAUCUUUUCCGGCGAGUUUCACCCAUGGAGAAACCCUGUCCCCGAGCUCUGGCGCGAUCUCCUGGAAAAGGUCAAGGCGGCUGGCUUCAACGCCUUCUCCAUCUACAACUCCUGGGGCUACCACAGCGCCUCGCCCGAUGCCCUCGACUUUACGAAUGGCGGCCACAACUUCACCUCCAUCUUGACCCUCGCCAAAGAGCUUGGCAUGUAUAUCAUCAUCCGCCCUGGCCCCUAUGUCAACGCCGAGGCGAACGCCGGUGGGUUCCCACUCUGGCUCACAACUGGCGAGUAUGGGGCUCUCCGAAACGAUGACGAGAGGUACACCAAGGCUUGGACGCCGUACUGGGAAGAGAUUUCGAGCAUCAUCGAGCCUCACCUGAUCACCAAUGGCGGCAACGUCAUCAUGUUCCAGAUCGAGAACGAGCUGAACGGUCAGUGGAAAGACAUUGAGGACCGCGUGCUCAACCCCGACAUUGCCAACUACAUGCAGCUCUUGCAGGACAGUGCGCGCGAGUCGGGUAUCGACGUGCCACUGGCGCACAAUGCACCCAACAUGCGCGGCUAUUCAUGGUCUCGAGACUUUUCCAACGCGACGGGCAACGUCGACGUUGUCGGUCUCGACAGCUAUCCGUCCUGUUGGAGCUGCAACCUGAGUGAAUGCACCGGUACAAACGGCGAGUACGUGCCGUACCAGACCAUUGAGUACGGCACCUACUUUAGUGUGCAGUCGCCAUCGCAGCCCAACUUUAUGCCCGAGUUCCAGGGAGGCUCCUACAACCCGUGGGGUGGACCUCAGGGCGGGUGUCCCGGGGACAUUGGUGCCGACUUUGCUAACCUGUUCUAUCGCGACUUGAUCUACCAGCGUGUGACGGCCAUCUCGCUGUACAUGCUGUUUGGCGGGACGAAUUGGGGUCACAGCGCGUGCCCAGUUGUGGCGACCAGCUACGACUACUCGUCACCCGUAUCGGAGAACCGCCAACUGUGGAGCAAGUACUACGAGACCAAGCUUCUCGUCUUGUUCACACGCGUUGCGCAUGAUCUGGCGUACACCAACCGCGUGGGCAGUGGCACCGGCUACACGGACAAUGACGCCAUCCGCACGGCUGAGCUGAGGAACCCAGACACCGACGCUGCCUUUUACGUGGUUCUGCACGAGACUUCGAGCUCGGGUACCGCCGAGCGCUUCGAGCUCAACGUGAACACCACCGAGGGUGAAAUGACGAUACCCCAGUUUGGCAAUGCAAUCACCAUUAACGGCCACCAAGGCAAAGUGCUCGUGACGGAUUUCAAGUUUGGUGACAAGAAAUUGCUGUACUCGACCGCAGAAGUGCUCAGCUACGCUGUGAUUGACGGCAAGGCGGUGCUCGCGCUGUGGCUGCCCGAGGGCGAGGCAGGCGAAUUCAAGAUUCUGGGCGACACGGGCGCCAAAUUGAUGAGGGCUGCCGCCGAAGACUCGGUGGUUUUGUAUGAGGAAGAUGAGGGACUAACCGUGUCCUACGUGCAACAGCGUGGGAUCAAUAUUGUUGAGCUCGAGGAUGGCACCCGCGUCCUGAUGAUGGAUCGGUCUGCAGCAUACCGCUUCUGGGUGCCUAGUCUGGGUAACGAUCCCAUGGUGCCUGUGAACAGCACCGUGUUUGUGCAGGGCCCGUACCUGGUCCGCGACGCGACGUACAGCGAUGACGGGAAGACCUUGCAUCUCACCGGUGACGAGGAAGAAGACCAUGAGCUGACUGUUUUCGCGACCAAGAAGCUCUGCGGCAUCACCUGGAACGGUGAAAAGGUGGAGAUCAAGUCACGCAAUGGGGGAUUGUUCGUCGCAGAGGCCAAGGGACCUGGCAAAUUCGAGCUCGACCCGCUGUCCGGUUGGGAGUGGACCGACAGUCUCCCAGAGCUGGCGAGCAACUACACCCUAAGUGACGAUGUGUGGGUUGUUGCCGACAAGGACGAGACACCGAACCCCAGCAAGCCGGCCGACAACAACCCCGUGCUCUACGUCGACGAUUACCAGAUCCACUACGGCAACCAUCUGUACCAUGCCACGUUCCCGACGACCGAAGAGGCGCCCACUGGGCUCUAUUUGGACCUCAUGGGCGGUUUCGCGUUCGGGUACUCGGUGUGGGUCAACGCUGAGUACAUUGGCUCCUACUAUGGCUUGUCGUAUGAGGGUUCACACUCGGGGACCUACUCGUUCGAGAAUGCCACUCUCAAGAACAGCGGCGACAACACCCUGUUGAUUCUCAUGGACCAAUCCGGCCACGAACUUCGCGAGGCUGCCAUUCAGCCCCGCGGCAUCAUCAAUGCUACACUCGUCGGACCGUCCCAGGAUGCGUACACCUUUUCCGAGUGGAGGAUCGCCGGCAACGCGGGACGGGAGGAGAACAUUGACCCCAUGCGCGGGCCCAUGAACGAAGGUGGCUUGUACGCCGAGCGUGUGGGCAUGCACCUCCCCGGGUACCCCGCCAAGGGCUGGUCGAGUGUCGACUCUGGCGCAGGCACCCUCGUUGUGCCGUCUGCGGGCGUGAGAGCCUUCCGGACCGUGGCGCCGCUUGAUGUACCCGACGGCCUCGAUGUGUCCAUCACCUUCCGGAUGACGUCGACGUCAGACGAGACGUUUACGCCAUCGGACGACGCUUACAGCAACCGGCUGAGGGCUAUGCUAUUUGUGAACGGGUAUCAGUACGGUCGCUUUAACCCGUACAUUGGCCAUCAGAUCGACUUCCCGGUGCCCCCUGGCAUCUUGGACUACCAUGGCGACAACACCAUUCUAGUGACGGUGUGGAGCCAGGACGCCAACGGCGUGGAGAUGAAGGUGGAGUGGGACGUGGACUAUGUGCACACGACGAGCUUUGACAUGGGAUUCGACAGCUCGGAGCUGCGUCCAGGGUGGACCGAGGAGCGACUGAAGUAUGCGUGA